AUGCCAGGACGCACACCUGGAAGGAGCUUACGCAUCCCGCUGGUUUGCUUCCUGGUGCUGCUGCCGCUCAACAUCCCCUGGUCUCAGAUCAGCGUCACCUGGCUGGGCGUGGUCCACUUCCUGGCCUGCCUGUCGCCCCAGCUGGGCUCUGUGGUCUACCACCUGUUCAUGAACCUGGAGGGGGGGGAGCCGGUCUACCACACCCUCCUGAAGCUGGACGUCUGUGGGAUCUGCAUGAUCAACACUCUGGGGGCGCUGCCCAUCGUCUACAUCACGCUCUUCUGCUACCCGUGGGUCCGGACCGUGUCCCUGCUCAUCUACAUCCUGCUGUCCACGCACGCCGUCUACUGCGCCGUCACGGCUCGGAGCAGCGUGCGGCGGCUGCGCUCCUUCGCCUGGCAGGCGCUGUUCCGCUUCUCCUUCUUCCUGCUCCGCUGGGUGGGCGUGGGCUGCGGCAGCCCCACCUCCCUCCGGCACUUUCUCAUGAUGGACGCGUUGGCCGUGCUGGGCGGGGUCAUCAACAUCACGCGCAUCCCGGAGCGCUUCCGGCCGGGACUCUUCGACUACUGGUGCAACAGCCACCAGAUCAUGCACGUCCUGGUGGUGGGGUCCAUCCUCUACCUGCACUGGGGGGUCCUGGACGACCUCCUGUGGAUCAACAGCUACGACUGUCCCUCCAACUGACCCCCACUACAGCCCCCACCCCCUGAAACUGAAGGACCCUGGGGGGGCUGGGGGUCUCUGCAUGUGCUCACCUCAUGCUCUCAAACUCAGAACGAAAUCAUCCAUCCUGAAACUUUGCAGACAGAAGUAUGUCAAGUUACACACACGGUUACUGGACACGCACACACACACACACACGGUUACUGGACACACACACACACACACACAC